AUGGGUGGCAAUAUAAUGUGGAUUUUUGUUGCUGGCUUUGUAGUAGCUACAAUUACAGCAUUGCCUGCUAUAAAGAUUAAUGUCAAGGUUGAAGCUCAAUUGGAUUCAGGAUUAAAGGAAUUGGGUAGAUUGUGCUCCGAAUUGAAAAAUCCUAACGGCACAUGCAUAGAAAUACUGAAUAAGUUGAACAUUACCGGAGGAAUUGAAUGCAACAAGACUACAACUACAACAACAACGGAAAAUCCUGAAUCAGGGGGUGACGUUGAAGAAACCACCAUAGGACCUAUAAUAAAUGGAGGUGCAGGAGCUACAACUAACGACCACGAAGUUGAAAUUGAAGACGAAGACGAUGAAGACGACGACGAAGACAUAACUGAGGCUCCCAUAAUUGGUGGAGGUGUUGGAGCUACAACUAAUGGCCACAACGGUAAUCACGCAGCCACAACCAAAGCUCCCAUAAUUGGUGGAGGUGUUGGAGCUACAACUAAUGGCCACAACGGUAAUCACGCAGCCACAACCAAAGCUCCCAUAAUUGGUGGAGGUGUUGGAGCUACAACUAACGACCACGAAGUUGAAAUUGAAGACGACGACGAUGAUGAUGAUCAUGAUGAUGAUGAUGAUGACCAUGACGAUGACGACGAUGAUGAUGACGAUGAUGACGACGAUGAUGACGACGAUGAUGACGACGAUGAUGACAAGCAUAAUAAUAAACAUCACCAUCAUCACCAUCACCAUCAUCGUCCAUCAUUUCCAAAACCCCCGGGUUUGAAUCGACCUAAUAAACGCCCUGGUUCGAAUAAACAUCCAAAUGGUUCUGGUGGAAAGCGUUCCCGUAACAUUAUUUAA